ACUUCAACAUGAAGGCAGCAAUUUGCAUUUUUCUCUUCGUCUUCGUGGGAUACAUUCAGGCAAGGAUCACUUACGAUGACGUACUUAACGCCGAAUUUGAACUCUUCAAAGUGGAGCAUAAGAAAAGCUACGAUAACGAAUACGAAGAACAACUGCGUCUGCAGAUCUUUAAAGACAACAAGAAACUGAUCGAUAGACACAACAAGCGUUAUGUAUCAGAAGAGACGACCUAUAAGAUGGGUGUAAAUAAAUUCACUGAUUUGACUCAAGAGGAAUUCAAAAUGUCUUUGCUCUCAAGCCUUAACUCAAAUCAUUCACUAGAAGGUAUCGACUAUAUUUACAAUCCUUCUGCCAAGGAUAGCGUUCCGAAAAGCAUUGAUUGGCGUACUUCGGGCGCUGUAAACCCAAUUAAAGAUCAAAAUCCCUGCGGCUCCUGUUGGGCUUUCUCUGCUGUUGGCUCACUGGAAAGCCAGUAUUUUAUAAACAAAGGGUGGAAAGUAUCCCUGUCCGAACAAAAUUUGGUGGACUGCUCAAGAGGUUAUCCCUAUUACAACCAAGGCUGUGGAGGCGGCUCAACAAUUGGAGCAUUCAAAUAUAUUUGGUACAAUGGUAUAGAUACUGAAAGCUCUUAUCCGUAUGAAGCAAGAGACAACUAUUGCCGUUACAAUAGGUACUACAUUGGAGCAAAAAUCUCGGGAAUUGUGCAAAUUGCAAGUGGAAAUGAAGCCGCAUUGGCAUGCGCCGUCGCCAAGAAGGGACCCAUCUCGGUGUGCGUCGACGCCUCCUUGUUCCAUUAUUACCAAAGUGGCGUCUUCAAUCAACCGUCGUGCUCUCAAACUACAAAUCAUUGUAUUGUUGUUGAUGGCUACGGCACCGAUUCAGUUGGAGGAGAUUAUUGGCUGGCGAGGAACUCUUGGGGUGAGAAUUGGGGUGAAGACGGAUAUAUACGCAUGGCUCGCAAUCGCAAUAAUCAAUGUGGUAUAGCAAAUAUUGCCAUUUAUCCGUUAGUGUUGGCGCAUAAGAAAAGCUACGAUAGCGAAUACGAAGAACAGCUGCGUCUGAAGAUCUUUAAGGACAACAAGAAAUUGAUCGAUAGGCAUAACAAGUUCUAUGUAGCCAAGGAAAAGACUUACAAGAUGGGUGUAAAUAAAUUCACUGACUUGACUCCAGAGGAAUUUAAAAGGCUUAUGCUCCCAAGCCUUAAUACAAAUCAUUCACUGGAAGGUAUCGACUAUAUUUACAAUCCUUCUGCCAAGAAGAACCUUCCAAGUGAGGUUGAUUGGCGUGUUAAGGGUGCUGUUAACCCUGUUAAAGAUCAAGGCCAAUGCGGCUCCUGUUGGGCUUUCUCUGCCGUAGGCUCUCUGGAAAGUCAGUACUUUAUACACAAAGGAAUAAGUGUAUCUCUGUCUGAGCAAAAUCUGAUGGACUGCUCAAGUGACGAUCCCUACGACAACGACGGUUGUGAUGGCGGUUUGCCGAUUGAAGCAUUGAAUUAUGUUAAGGACAAUGGCGGAAUAGAUACAGAAAGUUCUUAUCCGUAUGAAGAAACAGAUGACGAUUGCAGUUAUGAUGAGGACGACGUCGGAGCACAAAUCUCGGGAGUUUCACAAAUUGAAAGUGGAAAUGAAGACGCAUUGGCAGAUGCCGUCGCCAAUAAGGGACCCAUCUCGGUGUGUGUCGAUGCCUCCUUCUUCCAAAAUUAUGAAGGUGGCGUCUUAAAUGAACCAUCGUGCUCUCAAGAUACAAACCAUGCUGUAGUUAUUAUUGGCUAUGGCACCGAUCCAGACGAUGGAGAUUAUUGGUUGGUGAGGAACUCUUGGGGCGAGGAUUGGGGGGAAGACGGAUACAUUCGCAUGGCUCGCAAUUGUGACAAUCAAUGCGUCAUUCUAAUUCUGGUCCUCGUGGCAGUUGUCCAUGCAACUAGUCUGAAAGACACUAAGUUUAACGCCUUCAAAAUGAAGCACCACAAAACCUACAAGGAUGCUAGUGAGGAGUUGAAGCGCCUGCAGAACUUCGUAGAAAAUAAGAAACUGAUCGAUAGUCACAACAAGCGAUAUGCUGCUGGGGAAGUAUCCUACGAGAUGGGCAUCAAUCAAUUCUCUGACUUGAACUCCAAGGAAUUCCAGGACACAGUACUGUCAAGCAUCAAUGCCAAUGACUUAACAAUUGGUAUCACUCAAAUAUACACUCCAUCACCAAGUGUUCAAAUACCCGGAAGCAUAGAUUGGCGUGAGAAGGGAGCAGUUACAAGAGUUAAGGAUCAAGGCGGAUGUGGAUCUUGCUGGGCUUUUUCUGCCAUUGGCACACUAGAGGGCCAAAACUUUAUCAAGAACCGACAGCUUAUCUCGCUAUCCGAACAGAAUCUAAUCGAUUGCUCCAAGGAGAAUGGCGGAUGUGAUGGCGGCUGGCCAGAAACUGCAUUAAACUUUAUCAAGGACAAUGGUGGUGUUGACACUGAGGACUCAUAUCCCUAUGAAGAGAGGGAUGGCGAGUGUCGUUUCAAUGCUGAGAACAUUGGCGCAAAGGUCACUGGCACUGUCGGUGUGGCCAGUGGAGAUGAGUCUGCGCUGGCAGCAGCCGUUGCAGAGAAGGGUCCCAUUUCAGUGGCCGUUGAUGCUUCACAAUUUCAGAACUAUCAAGGAGGUGUCUUCGAUGAACCUUCGUGCCAGGACGAUGUAAACCACGGCGUUGUCGUCGUUGGCUAUGGUCGUGAUGACAUUGGCGGCGACUAUUGGCUGGUGAAGAACUCCUGGUCAGAGUCCUGGGGUGAAAAUGGAUACAUUCGCAUAGCGCGUAAUAAGAAUAAUCAGUGCAAGAUUGCGGACCAUGGCGUUUAUCCUUUGGUCUAAGAGACGUUUUUCUUUAUCAUCUUUAAUUCAACUAUU